AUGUCACACACAACUUUCUCCUCUGCCGAACCCCCCCAUAUCUCUGGAGCAUCCUCACGCCUAAGGGUAGAACCAAACGACGUCUUUUUCCGUGACUCGGAUAACCGCGCAUGGCUUUUACGGGGGAUUAAUCUUAGUGGGUCAUGCAAGUUCCCUCGUUAUCCAGUCCCCGUACCCUCGCAUGUGCGCGGUGACGCAUUCUUGAAGCCGCAAGGGCAUCCUGAAAGUUCUAAUGCUACUGUCGAUGACCAUAGUGACCAUAUCUCCUUCGUAGGAAGGCCAUUUGAACUAGACAGGGCCGACGAACAUCUUGCACGAUUAAGGCAUUGGGGCUUUAAAAUCAUCCGUUGGGUAGUCACCUGGGAAGCCAUUGAGCAUCAAGGGCCAGGGAUCUAUGAUCAAGAAUUCCUAGACUACACUAUCUUGGCAUUGUUGAAAACAAAAGAAUAUGGAUUUAAGGUCAUGAUCGAUUUUCAUCAAGAUGUGUGGUCAAGAUUCAGUGGAGGCUCAGGGGCACCAUUAUGGACGUUUCACAUAGCUGGGCUCGAUCCGCACCAUUUCGCAGCCACAGGUGCUGCAGUUGUGCACAACACCUUAUUGGAGGAUGAGCCCUUGCAGCAAAUGGUUUGGCUGACAAAUUAUUACAAGUUAGCCUGUGCUUCCAUGUUUACGCUUUUUUAUGCUGGCAGGCUCUUGGCUCCAAAGUGUACGUUCAACUCUGGCACUAAUAUCCAGGAUUUUCUUCAAUCUCACUUUUUGGGUGCCAUCGAGGCUUUGGUUCAGAAGAUUCAUGACUGCAAGGACAAAGAUGGGAAUCCAUUGCUGGAGGACCAUGUUGUCAUAGGAUAUGACUCUUGGAACGAGCCAUCGUGCGGCUGGAUCGGUUUAGAACGCCUGGAUGUGCUGUCAGAGGAACACGAUAUGAGACAGGGAGAUAUGCCAACGCCUCUUCAGUCCCUGAUGCUGGGAGAAGGUUUAACUGUCCGAGACAUUGCAACCUACCGAAUCGAGCUCGUUGGACCUGUGAAAUCCGGUUCACGUAUUAUAGAUCCAUCAGCACAUCCUUCAUCACAAGGAAAGCCAGUCAAAGCCUGGCUGUCCCCUGUACUACGCGAUCGAUAUGAUUCUCAAUAUGGGGUCCAGCGUGAUGCUACAUUUCCAAAAGCCGGAGUUUGCCUCUGGGCUCAACACGGUGUUUGGUCCAUCCAAGAUGGCCGAGUACUGCAACAGGAUUACUUUUCGAGAGUACCCCCCUCAACAGAUACAUCUUCAGAGACCACUCGUAUACGAUGGGUGGAUAAUCAUUGGCUUCCUUUCGCGAGACAAGUCAUCGACCUCGUACGAAAGAUUCAUUCCACUGCUAUUCUCUUCUUGGAGCCACCUGUCUAUGUCCCACCACCAGACCUAUUUAAUACAAUAUCAACAUCUUUACCAGAGACGGGCCACGGCCUUGAUGGCACAUUGAACAAAGAAUUGGUGACUAAUAUGGCCUAUGCUCCUCAUCAUUAUGAUGACCUUGUAUUACUCACAAGACGGUACCUGGGAUGGAUCAAUCUUGAUCUAUUAGGUCUGAGCCGUGGCCGACAAAAGUCUUUACUUGGAUCAUUUGUAUUUGGUAAAAAGUCUACACAAACUCUCUUUAGGAAUCAGAUAGUGGAGAUACAAAAGGAGUGUUAUGAACGGCUAGGUCAGCGGCCUGUUUUGAUUGGAGAAACAGGACUACAUUUUGAUGUUGGAAUGAAUGUUGCUCAGCAACGCAGAAAUGGCACUGAAUCGGCAGGCAACCGGAGUAAAAUAUGGUCUCUACCUUCAUGGCUCCGAUUUUCUUGGAAUACAGCUAGAAACGGUACGAACCUCAAACCCUCUACAGGUUCGACAAAAAUCAGUUACAGGCCACCUACGAAGCAGUUUCAGCGAGCAUUCGACAAUAUCCUUGAGGGCCUUGAGAGUACGCUAGUUCAUUACACGCUCUGGAACUACACGAUUGAGAAUGAUACGCAAUAUGGCGAUGGCUGGAAUGGCGAAAAUCUUAGCAUUUUCUCGGCGGAUGCUGCGAGGAUGACUACUGAUGAAAAAGAUAGCGACAGCGACAGCGACAUCUAUGGAGGAGGUGUUGUUCACAAGUUAGACCGCGGAGGACGUGCGAUUGAACAAUUCUGUCGACCAUAUCCUGUGGCGACAGUUGGAUACCCUAUUGAAGUCGUUUUUAAUCGUCAUGAAAAUGCGAAGACCUUUACGCUCAGGACAAAGACCGCAGCCAACGAUGGCCAUGCCAGGAAACUGGGCUCUACCGCUAAUCUGAAGACCGAAAUAUUUGUCCCAAAUUAUCACUUCCAUGGUCCUGAACACUGCAGCGUGACCGUAAGUGAUGGAACGUGGGAGUGGAAUCAGGAGCAACAAACAGUGCUCUGGUCAUAUGGUGAGACAAAUAGUGAACCAGAAGCCAUCAAUGCUGGUUAUAUUUAUCAUCGGCUUGAGAUACGAAGGCGAGUAUAG